AGACAAAAUCUGGACAGAGCAUGAGUUGCACUUUUAUUCGACAUUACUGCAAAGAGACGUAAAGUUAUUUUGUGGAAAAGUUCAGCCUGGUCACCUUCCUGUACCAAAAAGAGGAGCUGCACAUACAGAGGUUGUUUGUAUGUUUGUAAUCAAGUUUUGUAGAAUCUUUUAUUGAUGAGGAUCACACACCCCCACUUCGAGAGGAGCCUCCCCCCGGUCUGCAGUAACUAUUGGACAUCUCAGUAAAUCAUUAAACACAUCAGGCUGUGAGGACUCACAAACAACAACACGAACACCAAGGUCACUGUUAAACUAGAAGGACUGUUGCUUAAAGGAAACAAUGGAUCAUAUUCAGCUUUGGAAUCACAAAUCAGUGGUUUCUUUUUCCAUCUCCCCUCUCUGGAUGGCCCGCAGCGCACGGUAACUAAUUCAAUCAGCUCCGGGGUAGAGAAGUUGACCAUUAACUUCCUGAUUGCAAACACUUCUUCACUUGUAAGCAGCUGCUUCUCCACAGUGACUCCUGAAGCAAAGUUCACUGUCACAGACAGUCUGUCAGACUACAGGAGCUUGCCCCGUUCUCUCCCCGUUUUUUACUGAAGGACCAAAUCUGCAGUCAUGGCUAAAGCGAAUUAUGGAUACUACAGAACCACAAUAUUUCUGGCCAUGUUUGUGGGCUACACGCUGUACUACUUUAACAGAAAGACUUUCUCCUUUGUGAUGCCUUCUCUGAUGCAAGAAAUUAAGCUGGAUAAGGAUGAUCUGGGUAUGAUCACCAGCAGUCAGUCUCUGGCCUACGCUAUCAGUAAGUUCAUCAGUGGAGUGCUUUCAGACCAGAUCAGCGCUCGCUGGCUCUUCUCCAUUGGCCUGUUCUUGGUGGGAGGCAUCAACGUGGUCUUCUCUUGGUCCUCUACUGUUGCUGUCUUCUCUGCCUUGUGGUUUAUCAAUGGACUGGGCCAAGGCCUGGGCUGGCCUCCCUGCGGCAGAGUGCUGCGUAAGUGGUUUGAGCCCUCACAGUUCGGGACAUGGUGGGCAAUUCUGUCCUGCAGCAUGAAUCUGGCUGGCAGCUUGGGCCCCAUUAUCGCCACAGUGCUGGCCGAGAGUUACAGCUGGAGGGCGAUACUGUCCGUCUCAGGAAUGAUCUGCGUGGUCGUCUCCUUUUUUUGCUUGCUGCUGAUCAAGAACGAGCCGAAGGACGUGGGGCUGCCCAACGUGGAGGCGGCAGCCAAGAAGGGCAAAGGAGGAUCCUCCAGCAAUGAAAGCACCCUGUCUGAGUUCCUGCUCUCACCCUACCUGUGGCUGCUGUCCUUCUCCUACCUGGUGGUGUUUGGGGUGAAGACGGCCUGCACCGACUGGGGCCAGCUGUUUCUCAUUCAAGACAAGGGCCAGUCCACUCUAAUGGGUAGCUCAUACAUGAGUGCCCUGGAGGUUGGAGGCCUGUUGGGUAGUCUCGCAGCAGGUUAUUUCUCUGACAAGGCUGUGGCCAAACAAGGGAUGAGAAUCUAUGGCAAUCCUCGCCACUUCAUCCUGAUCUGCAUGAUGGCGGGAAUGUUUGUGUCCAUGUAUUUGUUCAGAGCCACAGUUACUCCAGACAGCUCCAAGAUGUGGAUACUCAGCUUGGGUGCCGUUUUUGGGUUCUCCUCUUAUGGACCGAUUGCAUUGUUUGGAGUUAUAGCCAAUGAGAGCGCUCCAUCUAACUACUGCGGGACAUCACAUGCCAUAGUUGCUCUAAUGGCCAACAUUGGUGGCUUCUUGUCUGGACUUCCAUUCAGCAGCAUUGCCAAGCACCACGGCUGGGAAAUGGCCUUCUGGGUAGCUGAGGUCGUCUGUUUAGUCACUGCUGUCGGAUUCUUCCUGCUGCGCAACAUCCGAACCAAGAUGGGACACAUUCCCAAGAAGGCAGACUAACGGUAUCACACCUCAACCUCUACGCCCAGAGGAAAGCUGAGAGGAAAACUACUUUGCGAUGCCAUUGUAUUUCCUUUUUUUUUUUUUUAUGUGUGUGUACAUGUGUGUGUCUACAGCAUUUCCACUCUCUUGCAGGACUUUGAGUGCUUUUUCCUCAGAAACCUGUUGCACAAGGUGCUUUUCUACAUACACCUUAAGUCUGUAAACGCAAUGCAUCAGUAGUGCAACAAAAAAAUGUGAAAUGACUGCACAUUAUGUUUUUCAUACAACUAAAUGUGGUAAAAACAUAUUGAGAGAAAGGUCACUGUCAUACUGUAAUAAUAAGGGCAAUAAACUAGAUCCUGGUUUAUUGCAAAAAGAACUUAGUAAUGAAAAUUAUGACUGGAAUUGCAAUUUUUGCAUUGCAUAUUUUCUGAAAAAAGCACAAUGUGUGGUCUUCACUAUGAACACAGUGAAAGGCUUGAAUAAACAAUACUUGGUUUUCUUA